CUAUCUCUCUCUUCUGUGCGUCUGUGGAAAAUUUGGCGUGGGGUGGGCUCCUAGCUUUCGAUAUAUAUAUAUAUAUUGUAUUUGCACCGCCAUAGCUACGCUCCAUGCCUUAAUUUUUAAUUUAGUUUGAUAUGCAGGUGAGAGUUUGAGGUCUUGGAUUUCUUGUUUCUUUUCUUUUUAAUUUCGAGUUUUGUCGCCGGAUCGGAAUGGGUUCGUCGGAGAUGGUGGAUUCCGGGAGGAUCUCCGGCGGGAGGUCUAAUUUCUCGCAGACGUGUAGCCUUCUGAGUAGGUAUUUGAAGGAGAAGGGCAGCUUUGGAGGCAUUAGCCUCGGCUUCGAUCGGAAAUUGGAUUCUGAAGCAGGAGCUCCGACGGAGACCAUGAACUUGUUGCCGAUGAUUGAGAAAUCUGGCCGGAAUUCGAGCACAACCCCCGCCGGAGAUGAAGCUCUGAAGAACUCUGAUCUCAGUGGUGCGAAAUCCGCGGCGGAAACUGCGCCGAUGACCAUAUUCUACGGCGGCAAGGUCAUCGUCUUCAACGACUUUCCGGCGGAUAAGGCCAAGGAACUGAUGAUACUGGCUCAGAAAUCCUCCACCGCCCACAACCCCAACGCUGCUUUAGCUCCUCCGCCGGCCGUCCCUAGCCCGGCGGAGUCCGUCUCCAGCAUCGUCCCUCUCCCCUCUGCUCCACCACCGCCGCCGCCGCCCCUCGAUUCCGAUUUACCCAUCGCCCGGAAAAACUCCUUAGCCCGCUUCUUGGAGAAGAGAAAGGAUAGGGUCACCGCCAACGUUCCUUACCCGGCCAACAAACCGGCGGCGCCGCCCAAGCCCGUCAAAACGGAGCCGUGGCUGGGGCUUUCCCCCAAUCUCCCCCUCCAAAUCCAGCCCCACUGAUCUUCCUAAUUAUUAUUAUUAUUAUGAUAAUUCCUACCAAGUAUGUUGCUACUAAUUCAGAUCCAAUAGACUAAAUGGAUCUGUUAAUUUAUAUAUAUAUCUUUAUUGCAUGUAUACUUAAUUCUAGGUAGUUUUGUAGUAUUCCUUUUUUCUGGCUUGUAAUUUUUGUUUGUCAGAUGAUGUACCUUUCAGUAUCUAUAUAUAUAUAUAUAUAUAAUUCAUAAUUAAUUAAUUA